AUGGGAAAAGCAAACAGAAAAGGCAGUGCUGUGCCCCUGCUCUGCACCAUGGGUGCCAUCCUGGCCCUCAUGGACCCUGUGCAGCCCACCAGGGCCCCCGACUGUGGGGGCAUCCUCACACCCUUGGGACUGAGCUACCUCGCUGAAGUCUCAAAGCCACAUGCAGAGGUGGCCCUCAGACGGGACCUGAUGGCCCAGAGAGCUUCAGACCUGUUCCUUGGCUCUACAGACCCCAGCAGGAAGAGAAUUACCUCUGUAAAAGUGGUUGACCUGUGGCUGUCGCUCAUCCCAGAGGCCGGGCUGCGGCUGGGCAUCGAAGUGGAGCUGCGCAUCGCACCCCUGCACUCCGUGCCCAUGCUGGCGAGGCUCUCCAUCCAGGCUGACCUCCACGUGGACGUGGGACCCGAUGGCAACCUGCAGCUGCUGACCUCUGCCUGCAGACCCACUGUGCAUGCACAGAGCACCAGGGAGGCAGAAAGCAAGAUCUCCAGAUCCAUCCUGGACAAAGAGGUGAAUGUCGAUAAGCUUUGCCUGGAUGUCUCCAAGUUGCUCUUUUUUCCAAAUGAGCAGCUGAUGUCGCUGACAGCGCUGUUUCCCGUCACCCCCAGCUGCCAGCUCCAGUACCUGCCACUGGCUGCCCCCGUGUUCUCCAAGCAGGGCAUUGCCCUGUCCCUGCAGACGACAUUCCAGGUGGAGGGGGCAGUUGUCCCUGUGCCGGUCAGCCCCGCCGUGCCCUUCAGCAUGCCUGAGCUGGCAAGCUCCAGCACUUCCCAUCUCAUCCUGGCUUUGUCUGAGCACUUCUACACCAGCCUCUACUUCAGCCUCGAGAGGGCCGGAGCCUUCAACAUGACCAUCCCAAGCAUGCUGACCACUGCCACGCUGGCACAGAAGAUCACUCAGGUGGGCUCCCUGUACCAUGAGGACCUGCCCAUCAUGCUGAGCGCUGCGCUCCGAAGCUCUCCUCGGGUGAUGCUGGAGGAAGGCCGGGCAGCUCUGAAGCUCUUCCUCACUGUUCACAUCGGGGCAGGCUCACCUGAUUUCCAGAGCUUCCUAAGUGUGAGCGCGGACGUGACCACAGGACUGCAGCUCAGCGUCUCUGACACACGGAUGAUGAUCUCCACAGCAGUGAUAGAGGAUGCUGAGCUCAGCCUGGCUGCCUCCAAUGUGGGCCUGGUGCCGGCUGCACUGCUGGAGGAGCUGUUCCUGGCCCCUGUAUGCCAGCAGGUGCCGGCAUGGAUGGAUGAUGUGCUGAGGGAAGGCGUGCAGCUGCCUCACCUGUCCCACUUCACCUACACCGACGUCAGCGUUGUGAUCCACAAGGAAUACGUCCUGGUCCCAUGCAACCUGAAGCUGCGGAGCACCAUGGCCUGA